UUGACUGUGCUAAAUCCCUCCCUUAUCUCUUGCUGUUGCUGUGUGUUUUAUUUCUGUUUUCUGUUGAUUUUUCUUUCUUCUUCUUCUUUUUUUUUUUUUUUUUGAGUUUUGUUUUGAUUUUCUUUUUCUUUUUCGUCAUUAAUUAUUUCCUCUCCUUCUAGCGUUCAAUCUUCGUCUUCGUUUGUUGGUGUAGAACCAUACAUUGUUAGUCGCAAGUUUGAUUGAGGCUUCGGCAAGGUGGAAUAGCUAUGCCUGCGGUAGCCUGUACUGCUGCAAUGGCCGGUACGCUAAUCCAGGCUCCCAGGCAAAGUAUCGUUGUAUCGCGAAUGGCCUCCGCUAGAGCUUUUGUGCCUGCUCAAUUCGGUGCUCAGUGCUUUAGAUGGCGCGGAGUAGUCCAGGUCCAGAGCUUUCGUUACCGGCGGCUAGUAUUCGUUGCUCGAAAUUCUGCGCAAACUGAUGCUAAGAAAACAGAAGAAGUCGCGGAGAAGAAAGGAGAGGCACAGGUUGACAAUGUCAGCGAAGCCUCAGCUGCGGAAGAAACGUCAUCUUCUAUUAAAUCUUUACUUGAGGCCUACAGAGAAGCAGUGGCUGUAAAUGAUGAGGAGGCCAUCACUGACGUUGAGAGCCAGCUGGAGGCGAUUGCUAUUGAGCGAGAUUCAUUAGCAGAAAAUGCUAACGCUCUUAUUGGGGAGGUUUCGACAAACAAAGAUAGGUAUAUUCGGCUGAAUGCGGAUUUUGACAAUUACAGGAAGCGAUCUGAGAGGGACCGUCUUGCCACGGCGGGUAACAUUAGGGGCGAGGUUGUAGAAAGUUUGCUGCCCAUCGUGGACAACUUCGAAAGAGCAAAGACAUCCAUUAAGACUGAGACUGAGGGUGAACAAAAGAUUGAUAAUGCUUACCAGAGUAUUUACAAGCAGUUCGUGGAGAUUAUGAAGUCACUUGGCGUGGUUGCUAUCGAAACUGUCGGCAAAAGCUUUGACCCUAAUCUUCACGAGGCAAUUAUGCGUGAGGAUUCAACUGAGUUUGCUGAAGAUAUUGUUAGCCAAGAAUUCCGUCGGGGCUUCAGGAUAGAAGACAGGUUGCUGAGGCCAGCCAUGGUGAAGGUUUCAUCGGGACCUGGCCCUGCAGCAGACACUGAUUUACCGAUAGAAGAGUCUCUUGCCAAUGAGUGAUAUUUUCUUGGAACUCGUAGUCUUUGUAGUCUCUGUAGAUCUCAGCAAUAUACUCUUUCAAUUACGACAGAAUUUCCAAUGUAGCCUAACCAUUGAGUCUACGAUAAGGCCUGAGAAAAAUUUGAGCGACUUUCGCAGAAGCUUUUAAUGCUGAGGUGCAUGACUCUAUGUACAUGGUUCCUAUUCCCCGAAAUUUUGCAGCUAUCUAUGUCGACCCUGUAUCAUCACAGAAUGUAAUUAAACAUCUUUGCCAAUUCCCAUUGUCCAUGA